CGCGGCGGGGCCCGGCUCAGCUGUGCGGAAGGCUCGCAGCGCCGCGCGGCCGCGGGAGGCGGUGGGGCCGGGGCCGCCGCUGAGGCCGCCGGAGCCGGCCGGAGCCGGCGCUGAGGAGGGGCCAUGAGCUGGUUCAAUGCCUCGCAGUUGUCCAGCUUCGCCAAGCAGGCCCUGUCCCAGGCCCAGAAGUCCAUCGACAGGGUCCUGGACAUCCAGGAGGAGGAGCCGAGCGCCUGGGCCGAGGCCAUCCCGUACGGCGAGCCGGGUAAGCGGGUCCCGGGGUGUCGCGCCUGCCUGCCUGCCUGCUGUCGGACCCCAGUCCCGCACGCCUCGGCCCCGGUGCGGGUCCUGCUGACCUCAGGUGUCAGCUCGAGCUCUGGUCCUGGCCCCAGGCCCCUGACUACAGAGUCAGGAGCACAGCCCCAGAUCCCCAAUUGCUAGGCGUCUUCCGCCUUGGCGCCCUAGGUCCGAGCCUUGUAAAUCCCCAGUCCCGGAGCCCCGCGGGAAGCGUUUAAGGAACACAAAAGACUUUGUUUACAAAAAGUUCACCGUCUCAAAACAACCCGAGUCAGGGAUGGUAGACCCCGUGUUCUACAGAGGAGCUAACCGAAACUCAGAAUGCAUAACUUUCUCCAGGAAUAAGUCCCCCUGUGAGUGGAGGAUGGGACACUUCAACCUGGGGAUUGAACUCAACAAGCAGCGAACCUCAGAGUCCCCCAACAGCCUCUCAAGCAAUUACAAAGCCAGUUCGAAGGACUGUAGUAGAUGAAUCUGAAAAUUUCUUCAGUGCCUUUCUCUCUCCGUCGGAUGCCCAUACCAUUCAGAAGAGCCCAGUGGUAUCAAAACCUCCAUCUAAAUCCCAGCGGCCAGAGGAAGAAGUGAAAAGCAGCUUACAAGAAUCGUCAUCUCCUGGCCAGUCCAGAGUUUCUGAGACAGCUGAAGUGAGAGACUCCGUGUGUGUUUCUGGAGAGACUUCAGCCGUGGGCACUCCCUCACCUGUACCUGAAGACAAGCAUGAAGAAACGGCAGGUGAAGAGUCUGAGGUGAAGGUGCCCACUGUGAGAUUGAAGGCGUCUGAAAACGUAGUUAAUGUAAACACAACAGAAGAUGUAUCUACCACAUCCACUCAGUCUCUCACGGCAGAAACGAAGGAUAUGGCUUUGGAACCUAAAGAACAAAAACACGAAGACAGACAGAGCAACACACCUUCUCCUCCUGUUAGCUCCUUCUCGUCGGGCACCUCCACCACUAGUGACAUUGAAGUUUUAGAUCACGAGAGUGUAAUCAGUGAGAGCUCGGCCAGUUCGAGGCAAGAGACUUCGGAUGCAAAGUCGAGUCUUCACCUCAUGCAGACGUCAUUUCAGCUCCUCUCUGCGUCUGCUUGUCCCGAGUAUAGCCGCUUAGAUGACUUCCAGAAGCUCAAUGAGAGUUGCUGCUCAUCGGAUGCUUUUGAAAGAAUAGACUCAUUUAGCGUGCAGUCUCUAGAUAGCCGGAGCGUAAGUGAAAUCAACUCAGACGACGAACUGCCAGGCAAAGGCUAUGCUUUAGUACCCAUAAUAGUGAGUCCUUCAACCCCAAAGACUAAAGUAGUAGAAUCUACUGAAGAGAAUGCUGAAGAAGAGGAAGGAAACGAGACAUUAGUUGCGCCGUCUGAGGAAGCAGAAUUAGAGGAAAGUGGCCGAAGUGCUACUCCAGUGAACUGUGACCAGCCAGAUAUAUUGGCUUCUCCCACAGCAGGAAGUGGCGGGCACUCUGCCUCUGGACCGGCCACUGAGCAGUGUGAAGCUGUUGAAAACCAGCCAAAAGCACCGCCAGAGAAAGAAGAUGUUUGCAAGACAGUUGAAUUUCUGAAUGAGAAGCUAGAAAAGAGGGAGACUCAGUUAUUGUCCCUUAGUAAAGAAAAGGCACUUCUGGAGGAAGCGUAUGAUAACCUGAAGGAUGAAAUGUUCAGAGUAAAAGAAGAAAGUAGUAGCAUUUCUUCCCUGAAAGAUGAAUUUACCCAGAGAAUUGCAGAAGCAGAAAAGAAAGUUCAACUAGCCUGCAAGGAGAGAGAUGCUGCUAAGAAGGAAAUGAAAACCAUAAAGGAAGAACUUGCCACUAGAUUAAAUAGUAGUCAAACUGCAGACCUGUUGAAGGAAAAAGAUGAACAGAUUCAAGGUUUAAUGGAAGAAGGAGAAAAACUUUCAAAGCAGCAGCUGCAUAAUUCCAAUAUCAUUAAGAAAUUAAGAGCUAAAGAUAAAGACAAUGAAAAUGUAAUUGCAAAGCUGAACAGAAAAGCUAAGGAGCUGGAAGAGGAGUUACAGCACUUAAGACAGGUCCUUGAUGGCAAAGAGGAGGUUGAGAAACAACAUAGAGAAAAUAUUAAAAAACUAAAUUCUGUGGUAGAACGCCAGGAGAAAGAUCUUGGCCGACUUCAGGUAGACAUGGAUGAACUUGAAGAGAAGAGCCGAAGUACUCAGGCUGCCCUAGAUAGUGCGUACAGAGAACUUACCGAUCUUCACAAAGCCAAUGCUGCUAAGGACAGUGAGGUACAGGAAGCUGCUCUGAGGCGUGAGAUGAAGGCUAAAGAAGAACUUUCUGGGGCACUGGAGAAGGCCCAGGAAGAAGCCCGUCAGCAGCAAGAGGCAUUAGUGCUUCAGGUGGGGGACCUCAGGCUAGCGCUGCAGCGGGCGGAGCAAGCAGCUGCCAGAAAAGAGGAUUACUUACGCCAUGAGAUCAGUGAACUUCAGCAGAGACUCCAAGAAGCAGAGAAUCGAAACCAAGAGCUGAGUCAAAGUGUUUCAUCAACAGCCAGACCGUUGCUGCGACAGAUAGAAAACUUACAAGCAACUCUGGGGUCCCAGACGUCCUCGUGGGAGACACUGGAGAAGAGUCUUUCUGAUAGGCUUGGUGAAUCACAGACCUUGUUGGCUGCAGCAGUUGAAAGAGAACGUGCAGCUACAGAAGAACUCCUGGCCAACAAAAUCCAGAUGUCUUCAGUGGAGUCACAGAAUACGUUAUUACGACAGGAAAACAGUAGACUUCAGGCCCAGCUAGAGUCAGAGAAAAAUAAACUAAGAAAACUAGAGGAUGAAAAUAGUCGGUACCAAGUUGAAUUAGAAAACCUAAAAGAUGAAUAUGUAAGAACGCUUGAAGAGUCAAGGAAAGAGAAGACACUUUUGAGCAGUCAGUUAGAAAUGGAAAGAAUGAAAGUUGAACAAGAAAGGAAGAAAACCAUUUUCACUCAAGAAGCACUAAAAGAAAAGGACCACAAGCUGUUUUCUGUUUGUAGCACUCCCACCAUGUCACGUUCCAGCUCUAUAAGUGGAGUCGAUGCUGCAGGGCUGCAAGCGUCCUUCCUGUCUCAGGAUGAGUCUCAUGACCAUUCAUUUGGGCCGAUGUCUACAUCAGCCAGUGGAAGCAACCUUUAUGAAGCUGUAAGGAUGGGAGCUGGAUCGAGCAUUAUUGAAAAUCUGCAGUCUCAGCUAAAGCUGAGGGAAGGAGAAAUUAGUCAUUUACAGCUGGAAAUUAGUAACCUAGAAAAAACUCGAUCCAUAAUGUCCGAAGAGCUAGUUAAAUUAACAAAUCAGAAUGAUGAACUUGAGGAGAAAGUGAAAGAGAUACCCAAGCUUCGAGUUCAGCUGCGAGAUUUGGAUCAAAGAUACAACACUAUUCUGCAGAUGUAUGGAGAAAAAGCAGAAGAAGCAGAGGAACUUCGCUUGGAUCUUGAAGAUGUAAAAAAUAUGUAUAAAACUCAAAUAGAUGAACUUCUAAGACAAAGGCUCAGUUAACUUCUGAAGUUUGUAUUCCCAUCAAACUAAAUGUAAACACUUAAUAUAUAAAUGCAGACUUCCAAUAAAUUCUUUUAUAGAAUUAGAACUGGGAUUUGCUGUAGAUUGUAAAAAAAAUUUUUUUAAAUUUCUUUUCUAGUAUAUAGUAAUAUUUGCAGUUAAAUUAUUUUAUGUAAUAUUUGAAUUUUAUUUUUGGAACUAUUCUUUAAAAUUUUAUUUUUUAAAGCUUUUUUUUUUUCUUUUUUCUUUUUUUUUUCUUUUUUCUUUUUCUUUUCUUUUUUUUUUUUUUUUUUUUUUUUUUUUUUUUUUUUUUUGGUGCCUUGAACAGCACAGAGAUUUCUUACUUUAUCCACAGGAAAGGAGACUGGUGUUUUCGUAUUAUUGUGGAUAUAUAAUUAAUUGUAUCUAAUUUGUAUGUGUUUGUACAUAUUGAGAGAUUUACAGAGUAAUGUUAACACUGAAAUUUUGAAAUCUUUCACACUGAAAUCUUCAACAUAUUUCUUAAAAAUGUUUUAAACAUUUGAGUAAAAAGGUUAUUAAGCCUGUAACUACUAAAUUAUAAACUAAGGAUUCCCUUUAAAAGCAGAAGUCACACUGACAUGUUUAAAAUGUAAAGAGUAAUUUAAACUUAAAAAAUGUUCUGUUUUGAAAAUUUAUUCCAUGUAUCUUCCACAAUGAAGUGUGAACAAAUCUAGAUGCUUUUUGUUACUUAUUCAAAGAAAGCUAUAAAUAUUUAAUAUUAACUAGGCAUAAUUGGGUAGUGGGAAAUGUUGCUUGUAGUAAAUUGUGAUAGAUACUAUCAGUAGCAGGUAAUUUUGAAGUAUUUUACUACACUGUUAUAUGAAUCUAACAAAAUAAAAUCAUUAAAAAAUUUACUCUUAAAAUUAGUCAAUUUACUCUUUAAAAUUACUUGUUUAGUUUCAUAUAAUUAUAUUUCUGAACAUUAGAAAUGAAUGUUUUAAAAUAAUCUCCAUAGCAAAACAGAAAAGUAAUAGAAGUACAUUUAAAUUGGGGAUUUUAUAAUUUUAUGUAGUUGAACCGUUUUUCCUUGAACCUUCAAUAAACAAAAAAAUUGCAAUGAGUAGUAGUGUAGAAUAACUUUAGAAUAUAGUUUUCCCCUCUUCCAAAUGUCACUUUGUUUAAAAAUUAGUCAGGUUGUGUUUUAGACCUGUAAAAUAUUUUGAUAGAUUCUAUUACUUAAAAUUGUUUAAUUGCUUUUAUCACAGUCCUUCUUUAUUCUUUUGCUUCUUUUGUUCUUUUGCUUUUUGUGGUUCUGGCUAAGGUAAAAAAUAAUCCAAAAAUAUAUGGAAAUUACAGAAAGAGUAAUAAAUGUUAGAGUGUAUGCUGCUGAGGGGAGCCUGCUGGAAUCUCACUGUUUGACUCCAUGUGUCCAGGACGUUUGCACGCCCUGUGAGCCCCUGAGCCGCCUCACCUCAGCUGUUGUGUCUACUGUAAUAGUGUGGAUGAGCUUGUGAUCCGGUAAUCCCUUUGUUCUUUAAUGGCCCCAAGUGACAAAGCCAAAUGUUAGCCAGGAGUGCUUCCUUAAUGGCAAGAUGAACAUCCACAUUGGCUGUCUUGCUGGAAAUUGAUAGCUUCUACUGUUUCAGGCAUCCACUCUGGGUCUCAAAACUGUCUUCCCCACGAGAAGGUAGGAGUUCAAGUAAAAACCGUAAAUUUUAGUUACAUUUUAAACUCUACUUCAGAUCACAGCUGUGAGUAGCCAUCUUGCAGAAUGGAGAAAUUUUAGGGGUAAUUCAAGUGACCUUGUUUUUAUCUUGUGUUCUUGUGUUUCUGUUGUGGGAACUCAGAUUUGUAGCACGAAUAAAUGUUCUUUUGGUGAAAGUAACAGUCAUAAAAUUAAGUUUUUGUAUUUUAGUGGUAAAAAGCAGCCUCAUAACUUUUUGCUAGCUUUAAAAUGUUUUAAUAUUCAGGGGCAAGAUGAUAAGUCUGACAGCAAUAAAUACAUAGUGUUAAAAGAGACAGGAAACCUGAAUUUCAAAAUUGUUGGCAAGCAUUUAGAACUGGUAGUUUGGGAAAUGUAAAAUACUUUUUAAACAAAUAAUUUGGGAAUGUGGCAGAGAAAAGAUUUUGAAAUUAAAAUUUCCUGUAUUCUAGAUUUUAUAAUAUCAACAUUAAAUAUUUUUCUUGGUUCUUAAUAACAUUAAUAAAAGCAGCCCACUUAAAAAUCUUAAAAUGUUUUCAACUUACUUAUGUAUAAAAUGACAUGCAACCAUUUAUAUCUGCUUCAUCUGUAAGUGAAUAGCUGAUGUUCACACUGCUUAUGUUGGCUAGAAUAUACUUAGACCUUUCAGUACAUUUCAAGUUGAUAAGGGGCACUGAAUAAAUUUCUUGUAAAUAAUCCAGUAAGUGGCAGAAGACUUAUUAAGCAUUGGUUGCUCUUUAAUUUUCUUUGUUAUGUAUCAUUGAAAAUUAUCUACCCAUAUGCUAGUAGAAUAUUCUAAUGCAUAAAAUAGUUUGCAGUUAGAUGCUUCCAUUCUUGGGGGAGAAAACAAAAUUCAAAAAACAAAACAAAAAAAAAAACCAAAAAAUAAAAAACCCCUCAGAUACUUGGAAUUAAGAGGCCCAGGUGUUGGAGGUGAGCACGUGGAGACUGCUGCUGCUGCUGGGCCUCUCUUGAGAACACUCUAUAGCAUUCAGCAUGUGGGAUGUACCAAAUACACGACAUUGCACUUCAAAAUAUGCUAAGUGUGGAUGAUUACUGACUUAGAAAAAUUUUUGGUUUUUGUAGUUAAGUAAAUGUAAGGAAUAUUUAGGAAGUAUGUUUCCCAUCAGUUAUUUCAUUAAUUGAAAGUUUAAUUUGAAUGCUUAUUUAAAAGCACAUGAUUUUGGCCUAGAGAGCACUUGCUGAUCUUCCAGAGGGCCUGAGUUCAAUUCCCAGCAUCCAUGUGGUGGCUCACAACCAUCUGUAUCUCCAGUCCCAGGGGAUCCAGCACCCUCUUCUGGUGUCCUCAGACACCAGGCACACAGUGGUGCACAGGCCUAGAAGCAGACAAAACACCCAUACACAUAAAGUAAAUAAAUGUUCUAGAUGCACACAAUUUGUAGUUAUUGAAAACAAAGCCCCCAAAUUAAGGAGAAAUGGGUGCAAAAUGUCUUAUUUUACUACUGUUUAGUAUUAUAGACAUGUAUGUUCCAGGGAUCAUUUCUCAUUCUCAUUACAAAAAAGCUGGUCCAAGUUUUCUUAUCCUUGGCCAGUUUUAAACUAAAAAAAACAAAACAAAACAAAACAAAACAAAAACCAAAAAACCCCACAAAAAACAGCUACAUAUUUUGUAAAGGGCUAAGAGUAUGAUUUAAACUAAAAGAUUGAUAUUUUAAUUCCAAAUGAAAGGUACUGUAAAUAAGCAUGGGUCUGAUUUAAAUAAAGAUUUCAAAGUCUG